CUUUUUCCUCCCUUCCCAUUUCCCGCCCUCCCGUCGCCUUUCUUCGCCCUCUCGGAUGAGCAGCACCGAGAGCAACUCGCAGACGGGCUCCCCGCAGCGGAGCGCCGACCUGCCCCAAAUGCCCCCGACGGAGGUGUCCACGCCUGCCCUGUCGGACUUCUUCCAGAUCCCCUGUGUGGACACCUUCUCCGAGCUGGAGGGCCGAAAGCUCUACGCCCCGGGCGCCGAGCUGUCGGAUGAUGAGCUGUAUGGCGACUCGCCCUUCGGCGGGCAUGGUGGCGACCCCGAUGACAUUGCCUUCUUCGAGGCAUCCACCACGGGCGACAUGACCAAGCGCUACCUCCGGGCGGUGAACGCCACCGGCGCCGGUGUCGGCGUGGCCGGGGCCAUGAAUUCGGCCGCCGUCCAGCGCCGGGCCAAGAUCGUCACGGCAACGGCCCGGGCAUUGAACGAGGAGAACAAGCAGCGUGCCCUGCAGCAGAAGAAGCGCGACGAGCAGCGCGCCGAGCGGGAGCGCCUUGCGCAGGAGACCGCGGCCGCGGCGCAGGCGGCCGCCGACCGGGCCCGCGACUCCGGCUGUGCCGAGUCGGCGGACCUGGCCCAGGCGGCUGCUGAAGCCGCUCAGGCGGCUGCCUCCCUCCUGGCCGAAACCGACAGCGACUCGGACGAGGCCUCGGAGGGGGCCGGUGUUGGCGGCGCGGCCGGUGCUGCCGACAGCAAGUCCGGGCUUUUUGGCGUCAAGCUGGCUGCCCUGCAGGAGCGCAUCAAUGAAAACAUGAUUCAGGACUUCAGCGCCGGCUCCCAGGGGUCACGCAAGGCCGAGGGCUCUAAGACUCGCCAUGCGGACAAGGCCAAUCGCGCCACCACCGAGCAGGUCCUGGACCCGCGCACGCGCAUGAUUCUCUUCAAGAUGCUUUCCCAGGGGAUUUUCUACGAGAUCAACGGCUGUGUGUCCACCGGUAAGGAAGCCAACGUGUACCAUGCCCUGACCGGCGAGGGCGUGGAGUAUGCGGUCAAGGUGUAUAAGACCUCGAUCCUGGUCUUCAAGGACCGCGACAAGUAUGUCACCGGCGAGUAUCGCUUCCGUCAUGGCUACGGGAAGAACAACCCCCGGCAAAUGGUCAAGACGUGGGCCGAGAAGGAAAUGCGAAACCUGAAGCGUCUCGUGGCUGCUGGCAUUCCCUGCCCGGACCCGGUGAAGCUGCGUAACCAUGUCCUGGUGAUGACCUUCAUCGGGAAGAAUGGCUGGCCUGGUCCCCGGUUGAAGGACGCCCAGCUCCCGGAGAAGGCCUUCCCCGAGCUGUACAUGCAGCUGGUCCGCUGCAUGCGGACCAUGUACCGCGUGUGCCGGCUUGUGCAUGCGGAUCUCUCCGAGUACAACAUCAUCUACUACAAGGGCAUCCUGUACAUCAUUGAUGUGUCGCAAUCGGUCGAGCACGAUCACCCGUAUGCGCUGGACUUCCUGCGCAAGGACAUCGAGAAUGUCACGGAGUUUUUCAAGAAGCGUGGCCACAUGACCACCGGCAUCAUGUCCCGGCGGGAGCUCUUCGAUUUCAUCACCGGACGCGAUCUGGAGGACGACCAGGUGGAUGCGUACCUGGCGCGGAUUGCCGUGCGCGAGGAGGAGGUCCUGGACGAGGCGAGCGCCGCCGCGGCCGAGGUGGCCGAGGAGGUCUUCAUGAAUGCCUACAUUCCGCGCAACCUGUUCGAGGUCAUUGACGUUGAGCGAGACGUUGGCAAGGUCCUCCGCGGUGAUGGUGAUGGGCUCAUUUACCGGAAUCUCACCGGCCUGCAGACUGAGACCGAUGGGUCGGUGGUGUCGGCCUCCGGCGAGGAACCGGCCAUCCUCGAGCAGGUCCCCUCCGAGGGUGGUCCCGAUGGGGAUGACAGUGAGGAGGAGGACGACGAUGAGGCUGCCGGGCCUGACAGCGACGACGAGGAUGGCGACAGCGACGAUGACGCCGUCGAUCCCACUGACAAGAAGGCCCAGCGCAAGGCCCACAAGAAGGCCGUCAAGGAGGCCAACCGGGAAAAGCGCCAAACCAAGACCCCGAAGCAUCUGAAGAAACGCCGCGAGAAGGAAGCCAAGAAGCGGUGACCGUGCGCAUGCGCACAUGUCUUCCCUCCCUUGUGGAGACAUGCGCAUGCGCCCGGGCGCGCUGAAGAGACCCCCUGUGCAAGUGCGAACCAUGAUGCCCUGCUCCCCCGCGUGCCCAUCUCGCGCGGGUGACAAUAUAGACAAUCUCUGGCC